CUCAAAAGUCCACAUUUACAUAAUUUCUUCUCACCAAAGCAAAAGCUUUCACAUUUUCCUCUCUACAUUUCAUCAUGUCUCAGACAGUUGUUCUCAAGGUUGGUAUGUCAUGCCAAGGCUGUGUUGGAGCUGUCAACAGAGUUUUGGGCAAAAUGGAAGGUGUUGAAUCAUUUGACAUCGAUAUAAAGGAGCAAAAAGUGACAGUAAAUGGAAAUGUGGAACCAGAAGCUGUUUUCCAGACUGUUUCAAAGACCGGAAAGAAGACUUCGUUUUGGGAAGCACCAACACCAGAACCCGAAACAAAGUCCGUGGAAGAAAAGCCCGUAGAAACACCAGCUGAGCCCGAACCAAAGCCCGCAGAAGAAAAGCCCGCAGAAACUGUUGCUCCAGCAUGAUGAUGAUAUAGCUUAAUUAAUGGGCUGAAAAUUUAUACCAUAUGAUUGUGAUUUAUUAUGCAACUUUUCUUUUAUGACUAAAGCUAGAAUGUGAUCUUAAUGAGAGUUGAAAUAAUUGUCUUGUUUGGUUUUCUUGUAAUGUUGAUAGUAAGUUUUGCUAUCAAAUCAUGUAUCUUGUAUUUUAAUUUGUGGAUGUUUUGGAUCAUCAAAAAGAUUACCAUUUGAAAAUAGUUGAAAAUA